UAUGGUGGUGCUUUUGUGCUGCUGACUCUUCUGGUCCCCUUUUUCAGGGUGGAGGUGCAAGAGGAAAUCUACAAAAAAGGACAGUCUAAGCGGAUUUGGGGAGAACUUUACAAGGUGAUUGAUUCAUCAGAUGUCAUUGUGCAAGUGUUGGAUGCUAGAAAUCCCAUGGGGACCCGCUCCCCUCAUGUAGAGGCCUACCUAAAGAAGGAGAAGCCUUGGAAGCAUCUCAUUUUCGUCUUGAACAAAUGUGAUCUUGUGCCCACAUGGGUCACGAGACGCUGGGUCGCACUUCUGUCUCAGGAUUACCCAACCUUGGCUUUUCAUGCCAGCCUCACAAAUCCUUUUGGAAAAGGGGCCUUCAUUCAGCUCUUGAGGCAGUUUGGAAAGCUGCAUGUAGAUAAGAAGCAGAUCAGUGUGGGCUUCAUUGGAUACCCUAAUGUGGGAAAGAGCUCUGUGAUCAACACACUUCGCUCCAAGAAGGUCUGCAGUGUGGCUCCCAUUGCUGGUGAAACCAAGGUAUGGCAGUACAUCACUUUAAUGCGCCGUAUUUUCCUUAUUGACUGCCCAGGCGUGGUGCACCCCUCAGGAGACUCAGAAACAGAUAUUGUACUGAAAGGAGUGGUUCAGGUAGAAAAAAUCAAGAGUCCUGAAGACCACAUUGCUACAGUGCUGGACAGAGCCAAACCAGAAUACAUCAGGAAAACAUAUAAAAUAGACUUCUGGGAAAAUGCAGAGGAUUUUCUGAAGAAGUUAGCAUUCCAGACGGGGAAAUUACUGAAGGGAGGAGAGCCUGAUUUGCACACGGUCAGCAGGAUGGUGUUGAAUGACUGGCAGAGGGGCCGCAUCCCAUUCUUUGUGAAGCCUCCAAAUGUGGAACAGGAGUCUCCGCCUACAGAAGCUGCCUCAGAUGUGCCCACAGACCUGAGUCACAGUGAGAACAAAGGGAUGACAGAAAAAUGUGAAGAACAGGCUGGGAGUGAUGAGUGCUCCAACGUGGCAACAAAAUGGCCUUUGCCCCAUGUGCAGCAAAACUAUGAGAAGAUCACUGUGACCCCUCAAUUCCUGGAAGAGGAUCUGGUUCCUGUGAAUGUUCUGGAUAUCAGUGAAACAGACAGUGGUACAGAGGAAGAUGAGGAACAGAACUUACCACAUGGGAGGCCAACUUGUGAGGCUAACACCAAAGAAGAUUCAAAGGUAGUACUGAAGUCACUGGACGAGAAGAUUGCCAAAUACAAGAGAUUCUUGGAUAAGGCAAAGGCCAGGAGAUUUUCAGCAAUAAGAAUCCCUAAGGGGCUGAGUGAAAAACUCUUUGCAAAAUCACAGCUGGAUUCAGUGGCUGUUGAAACUGAGAAGACUGGAGGAAAACUGAGGGAAAGAAAGAAAAGGGAGGUACCAGAGGGAGAGGAGCAGCAGAAUUCCAGCACCUGCCAGCUUAAUAACCCCUGCAAGAAACAGAAGUCAAAGGAGAAGAGAAGAGCAGAGCGGCAACAGCACUCAAAGAAAGUUGGUGUUCGGUAUUAUGAUACUCAUAAUGUCAAAAAUAGAAACAGGAACAAGAGAAAAUUUGACACUGGAGCCCAGAGACCUACAACUUAAGAUAAAUAAAGAUAAAUCUUGAAAUUGUA